AUGAUGUCACUUGCUCUGCCCUCCACCAGAAACUGUGUUGAACAUGACUCUUAUCCUCGCUCGGAUGCAGACAGGCCGGAACAUGUGAGAGUCCCGUCGGCCAUUCCCGCUUCAGUUCUCCCAACCGGUGUCUGGACCAAAAAGACAUCUUGGGACGUCAAUGCUCGCGGUGAUCAUGAUACUAGUCAGCAGGUACCUCUUUCCGCCCUGUUCUCGAUCGAGACUAAUGGAACCAUCAACCAUCUUGCCUUUGGUCAUGGCGACAUUACUGCCUGUCGGCUUCCUCAUCGACUUCCCAAGCGCCUCUCUCGGGUAACAAAGUCGGCGAUUGUGUGUGUCCUCGCCGUCGCUCUCUCAACCGGCUACAUCGAAGUUUACAAUGUCGACUUACUGCAUUUUUAUCCUCCAGCCCUCGCUAAAAUGGUACUUUUUGAUGGAACCCAGCCCAUCGUUCACAUAGCCAUGGCUUCCGAUGGUAGCCUGCGUCUAGCCUCCGUCAGCUCUAUGGGUGUGGUGAAAUUGUGGGACAUUUGGGACGACGGGAAUAUGUACGUUACCCUCACCUCCGAUGACGAGGACUCGACCUCCUCCAUUACCUCCAUCAACGAUUUGUCUGAGGUCAGUACGGAUAAACGUCUAACCAAUGAAAUCAGCGUUGCUGCUUGGCAUCCCUUUGCAGAGCACCUUUUCCUUGGAGACGUUAAUGGCCGCGGACUGGUUUUGCAAGUGCUAGCUCUUUUAUCCGACAUUGUUCAGGCUCAGUCGCCAUAUCGAUGUCUUACUCUUCUGCGUCACCACCACCUCAUCUCAGCUGCCUGUUACAGCCAAGACGGCGGUAUUCUCAUCACCACGUCUUUCGAUGGAACUUGCAUUGCCUGGGCUGUGCCCUCCUAUACUAUGAUUCACUGUUACUGGCACCUGGACUGCCCACGAAGCAUUCGACUACUUGGUGGUGCCAAUGACUUUCACGUCACCUCCCUGGCCUUGUCUCCGGAUGCCACCUCUUUCGCAACCCUCUGCGAGGACGGGUAG